UCAAGAGCUUAAGUCAAAAGACAUUUUUUUUUCUCCUUCGAAACUUUUUUUUUUCUCCUUCGGCUAUUACGCACGUCGUCGAUCUUCUCUUUACGCUAUGGCCUCUUCCGACUCUCCUUCUAGCUCUGCCGGUCUCCCGAGCGACACGGUCACGAUCUUUGACUCCGACAAUCCGAGCUCGACGUUGAUUAACGUCAAUGUUUCGAAUGUUUCGAAACUCACGGCCAUGAACUACUUGACAUGGAGUAUUCAACUUCGUGCCUUACUCCAAGGAUACAAUCUCGAAGACUUCCUCGAUGCGGCCAAAGUGCCGGCUACCACUAUCAUCACCAACAAUGUACUAUCUCCUAACCCGACCUAUAAGUCGUGGUUUCGUCAGGACCGUCUUGUUUUCUCGGCUCUCCUCGGUGCGAUCUCAAGUCCCUGUCAAGCUCUCAUAGUAUCGACCACCUCUGCCGCAGAUGCAUGGGCUACUCUAGCCCAAACUUAUGGCCGAUCUAGCCGUGGCCACAUCAAACAACUCAAAGACCAGAUGCGGCGCCAUACAAAAGGCACCAAAACCGUCAAUGACUACAUGAACUUCUUCAAGAUUAAAGCGGACGAGCUUGCACUUCUCGGCAAACCUAUGGAUCAUGAGGAUCUCAUUGAUCUAAUUCUCGCUGGCCUCGGUGAUGAGUACAAGACUAUCAAAGACGUCGUACAUGCUCGAGACACUCCGAUCUCAUUUGUCGAGUUACAUGAGAAACUGUUGAGUCUUGAUGUCGACCUUGCUGCCAUACAUCUCUCAGAUCCUCCUAUUUCGGCUUAUGCAACACAACAUACCUCUCGAUCUUGGCGCCCUCCCACUGGUUUUGGUCCCCAACCUUCAUCAAUGCCCCGACCUUCUCUUGCUCAGGGUUCUCGCUCAACUCAAUCCCGAUCUCAACCAUGGCGUACACAGUCUCGAGGAUACCUCGGAAAAUGCCAACUCUGCGGUGUUCAAGGGCAUAGUGCCCGAACAUGCCGCCUGCUUCCUCCUUCGGUUGCCCGCUCUCCUGCCGACUCCAGUCCACCUCAUACCACUGGUCCUUGGAAACCAUUGGCUCAGACUGCAACUGUCUCCCCCUCUCAACCAUCAUCUUGGUUGCUCGACUCGGGAGCCUCACAUCAUGUCACUACCGACCUUGCUAAUUUAUCUCUCCAUUCACCCUACCAAGGAGGAGAUGAAGUUAUCAUUGGCAACGGCUCCGGACUUGCCAUAACACACACUGGUGAAGGAUCUCAACACGGGGGCACCGCUGUUAACCGGGCCCCUUAAUGGCGGUGUGUAUGAAUGGCCGACUAUCCAUUCCUCGUCUGUAU